AUGUAUCCAUCGGAAAAACGGAUUUGCGUUGUAUUAAAUAAUUUGAUUCAACAAGGAUUGUUGGGCAAAGAAACCGAAAAGUUUUCACCUCUGACUUCUUUUCAGCCACCAAAAUCGUGCGGAAAUACAAUAGCCGAAUAUUUUUGGAAUAUCAAUGAAAAGCAGACACGUCCUUGUAAAGAGUCGGCAAAAACUUUUUUUAAUUCUGAAUCUUCUUGGUUAAGACAAUUAGAUCGGUCAACACUAUCACCACGCGUUAAAAAGUUUAAAGGACACCAGCAAUGGUAUCGAAAUCUUCACUAUACUAAGACGAAAAAUUUAAAAUUUAUAUCAAGAUCCAGGGCUUCGCCUCUUUUAUUAAGAUUAAAACGGCAAGGUUUUCCAUUAUAUUGUUCCAAGAAACAUAGAUGGAUAUAUCAAGUACCGAAAAAUGAUGAAAAAUGCUGGACCGAAGCUAAACCAUUCAAAUUCAAUGAACAUAUAGAGAAGAAAAUCUUUUCUAAUAAAUCGGAUGAACCACAAAAAGGCACGCUAAAUCAAAUGAAUGAUAAUAAAGGAACACUUUUAGUUAAGCAAUCUCCUUCACGGUUAUCAAAAUAUUUGGAAUUAUCGAAAAAAAGAUCAUUGCAUUUAUUAACCGAGAAUGAUUUCAAUGCUAUUUUACAUUGUUUAUUUGCACCAUAUUGGAAGCCUAAGAACGUGUUAUACUGGUUGAAUCGAAUAUAUAGUGAUAUUAAAGAGAACGGAUUACACUUGAACAAAUAUACUUAUGAAACAAUAGUAAAUUUAUACAUCAUCUCUGGAAAUUUUUCAAAAGCAGAAUUCAUACAUACUGAAAUGAUUAAGGAAAAUCUUAUUCCAACGCGUAAGACAUAUAACUUAGUGCUUCAUAUGUACGCACGCGUUGGAAAUAUUCAAAGAUGUUUAGAAUUGGUUCAAGAGAUGAAAAUGAAUUUGAUUCCACCUAGUUUGACAACAUACAACACACAUAUUUUGUCAUACGUACGUAAUCUCAACAUUACUGGGGCACAUUUUGUAUUGCAAGAAAUGAAAAGACAAGGUGUGAAGCCAGAUGUUAUCACAUUCAAUACAAUGAUAAAUGGUUUUUUAAAUUUUCAUAAUUUCAAAGGAGCAGAACAAUGUUUUGAUAUUAUGCUUAGUAUGGGAAUAGCACCAAAUGUCAUCACAUUUAAUACUAUAAUGUCGGGCUAUUUGGGUGUUGGAGAUUUCCAAUCUGUAGAAGAUACUUAUGACAAAAUGCUCAAACAAAAAAUAAAACCUGGUUUAGAUACUUACCAUAUUUUAGCGACAGCUUUCGCGCGAAUGGGAAAAACAGAGCAAGUGUUAUUAAUAAUUGAUCAAAUAAUUGCUAAUGGUUGGCAUGUUCUGAGGGCAUAUAAUAUACUAAUUAAUAUGUACGUCAAAAUGAAUGACUUAGGGAUGGCUUAUAAGAUAUACGAUCGUAUAUUAUCAUCGGGUCUUCAACCGAACGUCGUGACAUUCAAUACUUUCAUCACAGGUCACAUAAAUCAGCGAAAUUUGAAGGAGGCGUUGAAAUGUUAUGAUGAAAUGUUAAAACGGGGGAUUUCACCGAACGUGAAUGUUUUUAACAAUCUUUUAAGAGGUUAUUUACAUGUUUACGGGAUGCAAUCCUCACGAAAAAUAUUUGAACAAAUGGUCGAACAUAAUUUGUCUCCUGAUCAA